AUGAAGACUGUUUUUGAUCCUUUAUGUUCUCCUGCUACAGAGUUUGUCAAAUCUUCUCCAUUCUUAGAUGAUUUAGAGUCCGAUUAUAUUUUUACACAAUAUCCACCUGAUAAUUUAGAUUAUACCCAUUCUAACAAUUUUGAAAAAUUCCUAAAUACGGACUUUAAUAGGUGCAAAUAUGAUGAUGAAAAAGACAUUGGCUUUUUUGAUGAUUUUAGUUUCUUAAAUCCAACGGGUAUUCAUCUCGAGGCAAAUAAUUCUAUUUUUCAAUUAUCAACUUUAUAUGAUAUACCUUGGACAAAAUCAAUAUUCGAUAAAGAUUUAAUGCAUAAUGACUUACAAAAAGGGAAUGCAUCUGAAGGCGAAGAAGUGUCAGAUAUUUAUGUUAAUCUUAGUGAUUCUGCAUCAACUAAUCAAAUAUUCGAUUUUUCAAUUAAAGAUACAACAGAAAGAAUAAAUCAAUUAGAUAAAAAAACAAUCGAAAAUAAAAAUAUUGUUUUGGAUGAAAAUGCAUCUGGUGAUCAAAAAAAUAAUCCUACACUGUCUUGUCCAUCUAGUUUAACUAAUAAUAUAUCUCCCUUUUUUGGUCCAUCUUUUACGUGUCCACCAACACCUCAUAUAUCAUCAUUAAUAGAAAAUAAAUUAAAGGAGCCACUUACUUCGGAUCUAGAGUUGUCUGCGGAAAGUUCUUUAAAACAAAUAAAUACGCAAUUAGGCGACAUUACUUCAAAACAAUUACAUUGUAAUGAAUAUGAAGAAUUAUCUCAAAUAAAUUCGUUUGAUUGUAAUACUGAUACGCAGCUUAUUAAUGAUACUUUUCUGGAAAAUUAUUAUAUUUCAGAUGAAUUAUUUUUAAAAAAGCGUUCUUUUCAGGAUUUUUCUGACGAUAUUUAUCUAUCAUCAAAAAUAUCUUUGAAAAAAAAUAAAAGUAUGUUCCCAAUAAAAAAUAAUAUUUAUGAUCAUACAUUUAAUUCAAUGAUUCAAGAUGACUCUAGAAUGUUAUCACAGUCGUAUAUAUCGCCAAAUUCAACUUUUACAUUUGAUAAUAACUUAUCUUCCACAAAUUACGAACAAAUUACAAAUGAAAAACAAGAUUAUAUGAAUGCAUCAUCAUCUAUGCCAUUUGAAAUUUAUCUUCCUAGUACAAUAGCAUCGUGGUCUUCACCAAAACAUAAUUAUCCAGUUUCAAUAGCAUCUAUUAAAAAUAAGCCAUCUAAAAGCAUUAAUUUAAAAGACAUAGCUAAUUUGUCUCCUGCUAAACUUAAAAAGAUACAAAAAUAUCCUAUAAAUUCUAGGUCUUUUAUUAAUUUUACUGAACGUGAUGCUGAAAUUAUUCUUAAUGGUGUUGCACCAAGCGGAAGUAGUAAAAAGCAUUAA